AGUGUUCCUAGUCUCCCAGGUCUCCAGGCUGAAUCUGGCCCGACUGCACGGCAGCAUGCCAUGACCUCGCCUCGCCCGUUCCUGCAGUCGCUUGAUCUCACUACCAAGGGCCCGGGACCCGUCCAUGGCUCGCCCCGCAGCGAUCGCAUGAUCGCAUGAUCGCCCUCGCCCUCGCAGUGCGAUCGGAUCGCAGCCACGUCAGCACCCCCCGGCCCCGCCAGUUCUCUCUCUCUCUUCCCCCCCUCGCAUGGCCGGCGCGUGGGACUGCCCGCGCUGCACCUUCUGCAACCCCCCCGCCGCCGACCGCGGCGGCGCCGCGGCGUCCUGGCGGGAGGCGGAGUGCGCCGUGUGUGGAUAUCGGUCGGCGCACGUGGAUCUCGACGACGAUGACGAGGAUGGUGCUGACGUGGAGGGGCGCCACGAGGGCUUCGAGACACGUGGCGCGGCUGCUGCCCGCAACGACAGCGACGGCAGCGGCGGCCGCGGCGGUGGUUCCAGCUCGUGGGCGUGCGACGCGUGCACUCUCAUCAACGCCGGCGCUGCUGCUCGCUGCGCCGCCUGCGACUCGCUCCCCUCCGCCGUGGCGCGGACGGGUGGCGCAGCAGAGGAGGGGGCGGUUGGGGCGGAAGGAGGGAGGGGGAAGGGGAGCGAGGAGGAGCGGGACAAGAGUAAAGACUCGAGGGAUAAUGGGGGCACGAGGGGGAAGGGGAGCGGAGAGAGGGGGAGUGGACAGAAGGGGAGUGGCGAGAUGGGAAUAGGAGAGAAGGGGAGUGGAGAUAGGGGGAGCCAGGAGACGGGGGCGAUGGGGAGAGGAGACGAGAGCGGGGAGGCGGGGAGGGCGACGGAGAGCUCGUCAGGGAACGAGUGGUUGCGUCUGCUGCACGAGGCAAGAGUGAGGCGGCGAGGCGAGGCCGCGAGGAGCAGAGGGGAGGGGGCUGGCAGCGAGUGCACAGCAGGCGCACACCAGGAGAAGGAACCAACGCCGCAACGAGCCCCACAAGCCCCCUGCAACCCCCCUCUGGCGGCCAUCACAAUCGUGUCGUUGAACGUGUGGUUCAAUGAGGAAGCUGCCCUGGAGCAGCGCAUGGCCGCCAUAGGCGCUAUCAUCCAGGAGCACCGCCCGCACGUCGUCUGCCUGCAGGAGGUGACGCCGCGCAUCCUCUCUCUCUUUGCUGCGCAGUCGUGGUUCAACGCCUACCACUCCUCCAUGCCCGCGCACGCCACCCACAUGCCGCCAUACUUCUCCCUCAUGUUAUCCCGCCUGCCAGUGCACUAUCAGCGCGUCCUCCCCUUUGCCAACUCCAUAAUGGGCCGAGAACUCAUCGUCACCUCCUUCCGCCUCCCUCCCCUCCCUCCCCGACCUCCCUCCUCCUCUUCCCCCCCACCCCCCUCCGCCGCCCCCUCCACUGGCCCCUGCCUGCUGACCGUGGCCACCACGCAUCUGGAGUCGCCGUGCCCCGCGCCCCCCACGUGGGACCAGCACUUUUCUCAGGAGCGCGUGCAGCAGGCACGUGAGGCGUUUGCCCUGCUGGAUACUCAGGCGUGGAGGGAGAAGGGCGCUGGGAGGAAGCGGGCGAGGGGGGAGAGUGAGGGGGUCGAAGGGGGGGAGAGGAGAGGAGGGGGGGAGGGAGGUGGGGAGUGUGAGGAUGUGGUGUUCUGUGGAGAUAUGAACUGGAAUGAUAAGAGGGAUGGGGAUGUGCCCAUGCGAGAGGGAUGGGUGGAUGCAUGGAUGCAGCUGCAUCCGAAUGAGCCCGGCUUCACGUACGACAGUCGCCUGAACCCCAUGCUGGCGGGGGGGCGUCUGCGCCUGCGACUGGACCGCUGCUUGAUGCGCCUACACCACAUGCGCCUGCGCUCGCUCUCGCUGCUCGGCACGCACCCCAUCCCCGGGGGCUCGUACGCCAAGCAGCGGCGUGUGAAAGGCCAGGCAACCACGGCGCAGCUGCCGCUUCUGCCCAGUGACCACUUUGGCCUGCUGCUCGUGCUCAACAGGGGGGACUGGGGAGGGGAGGAAGGGGGGGAAAUUGGGGAUGGGAGGGGUGCAGCAGGUGGCGGUGGUGGGAAGGGGGAGGGCGAGGGUGGUGGUGGUGGGAGGCCAGGGAAACGGGUGAAAGGGAUAUGACAUGAUGGGGUGUGACACAGUUUCACAACCUGGCUGUGCUUGCUGCGCUCAGCGUAGUGGUUCGGUUGAGAAAGUGCACGUGUUUUUUUACGCGUCACGUCAUGCCUUCCUUCGGCGACGCACUAGAGGAACACAACAUGCGCGUAGCACAGGCGAGUGCCCGAGCCUUGUAGUCUGCAUGGGUUGGUGGAUAGACCAGCAAGGAUGAUUUCAAAACGCCACAUGCAGCCCUAUUGUGCCGGUGGCAGAGCCCAUGGACCCUCACAUCACGUGCGCGGCAUCGCAAGGCAAGGCCAGAACUGCAGCUCACUCAAAUAAUGCCUUGGCCACAGA